AUGAAGCAGUCAUGGACCGAAGUUGAUGUCCCAGGACAGGCUCACGUCGCCCUCGGGCUCCUCCGCGACGGACAGAUCGAGCUUGCUUUUGAUGCAAUAGAGAACCUCAUUCAUAAACAAGUACCCAUAGCUUCAUGGGUCUUCGAUAUCUUCAUUUUCAGCCUCGCCCACCGCGGAUUUAUAGAUGAGGCGAUCAAGCUGGCGCAUAGCAAGGUUCACUCCUCUGAUAGCGAGACCGACGUGGCGUUGUGGUAUUCGCUGCUCGACAAUUGCUCCGAUGCCUACCACUACGAGGGUACGCGAUACGUAUGGGGUAGAAUGCUGGAGAAGGACAAGGAGCAGCUUUCGGACGGGGUGCUCCUUAAUAUCAUCAACACGGCUGCCAGGCAGAACGACUAUCAGCUUGCCACAGGGGCGGCGCGGCUCGUCACACAGAGAGGUGGAAAACUUGUCGCGCAUCAUUACGAGGCGCUGAUCGAAUGCUACGGCGGCGUUGGCGAUAUCGUUAGCGCAUUAAGGGUCUUGUGCAUCAUGUUCAAGGCCAUCUCGGUUGCGCCAUACGCCAGCACCCGUCCAAUCUACCAGAGAAUCAAGAAAGAGCCAGAGAGUAUCGACCCGGCUCUUAACACUCUUACUGAGCUUGUCCGCAGCUACAAAGUCCCCAUUGCCGCGCUCAAUGUCAUUAUUGAAGCCGCUGUCGAAACGCACGGCUUCGCGAAAGCGUUGGAGAUUUACCAGAAUGCGCACAAGUAUACCGAGGCCAGCCCUAACCACGUCACCAUUCGCUAUGUUCUCCAAGCGUGCGAGGAUACAGAAGCUCUCAAGGCUCUUGUUGCGCAAAACCCUGAGUUGGCCCUGAAGGGUGAUCGUACCGUGUUUGCGAGGGUCGUGCAUGAGUACGCCGUGGCUGGUGAGCUGGAUCUCGCGUACAAGUGUGUGAGAUUGUUCGGCGAAGCUCCUGCGCCGGCUGAAGGGCAGGAACCAGAACUGGACAGCUUUUGGAUAAACAGGAAGACGCUACUCACCCUCGUCAGGAAAUCCCUUGACGUGCAGGACGUGCGGGUUUGGUGGCUGAUCGAGCAGGCCGAGAGGCGGAAUAUGGACGUCCAGUCGGGCCUGUCGAAGGUUAUGGCAUCCGUUGCCGACGAGAUCAAGAGAAGUUCCGGGUUGGACCGAGAGGACACCGAGAUGACAUAUCGCUUCCCAUCAUAA